UAAACAAAAGAGCGGUAGUUCUGUUCUCCCUCACAUCGACCAGAUCCAAAGAAACACCAACACCACCCUCCAAAAUCCGAACUUUCACUGGCAACAGAGAAGCGGUGACCGCACUCCACAUGCAUUAAUAAACCCCCUUCUUCCCCAAGCAAAGCGGCCCCCUUCUGAUCACCGCCUCGGUAACUCUCACCGCCUCCCAGAUCCCAUCAAAAUCUCACCCCCGAAAAUGAAAUCCAAACCCAUUAGCCACUAAUUACCAAUGGAGACCGACCCCCUGCGCUCGCUCUCGUUGAGAGCCGCUCGCAGAACCAUCCAGGCCCAAUCUCAGAGCAAAGCUCUUUGUAAAAAAGACAGCAAGGUGCUUGUCAUGUUAGAUACAAUGGGGCUAACACCAAAAACACAACACCGUUGCCCAAUUCCUCUUGCAGAUGACCCAGAUUCUGUAGUCAUUCCGGCGAGGACUCCUGAUAGUCUUCCAAAGAGUGUGUCAUAUAUAUCAGUUGAUGAAAAAGCAACUGCACAGUCUCCCCCUCUAUUUGGAGGGCAUCAAAGGUGGUCACAGAGGGAGGAGAGCUUUAAGCUGAAUAAAAGUAUGAAGGUUCAUUGUGGAUUUAUGAAAAAUGGAGGUGGUAACAUGGAUGCUGUAGAUGUCAAGUAUGUAAAAAAAUGUAGAUUUGUGGUUGCCUCAGGCAUCUUUGAUGGUUAUGACACUCCCCAUCAACCAUCUAAUGUUAGUGCUCGUUCUCAGAAGCUUUUCUGCUUUUUGAUGGUGGUUGAUGAUAAAUCUCUUAGUUUCAUAAAGAAAAAUGUUACAAUUAGGGAGGAUUCGGAUGGAGGAAAAUGGCUUGGUAUUUGGCGUCUUGUGACCCUACAUAAUCCACCAUAUGAUGAGCCUAGAAGGAAUGGGAAAGUUCCUAAGAUCAUACCUCAUAGGCUCUUUCCACAAGCUCGAUACAGCAUUUGGCUUGAUGGUAAAAUGGAACUUAUUGUUGAUCCAUUACUUAUUCUUGAAAGAUAUCUUUGGCGGGGUAAGUACACAUUUGCAAUUGCACGUCAUAAACAUCACAGGAGUAUAUAUGAGGAGGGUGAUGCAAUCAAGAGAAGAAAGCGUUAUGCUCGGCCUCUAGUGGAUUUGCAUAUGAAAAUAUACCGUUAUGAGGGAAUGGAACCUUGGAGUCCAAGGAAAAGAACAGUUAGUGAUGUCCCGGAGGGAGCAGUCAUAGUACGGGAGCACACAGCACUCACCAACUUAUUUAGCUGCCUCUGGUUCAAUGAGGUCAACCUCUUCACACCAAGGGAUCAAAUAAGCUUCGGCUAUGUAGUAUACAGAUUAGGCGAAGCCUUCAACUUCUUCAUGUUCCCUAACUGUGAAUACAAUUCUUUGUUCAUAUUGCACAAGCACAACAGGGAGCACUCCUCUAAAGUUGAGUGGGUUAAAUCUUUGGAUGAAUUUAAGGGGAAUGAGACUACGUUGAAAGAGAGCAGAGGUGGGUUAGGGCUGUGGACACCUUAUCCUGGUGAUCUCAAGUCUGUCAAACUCCCGCCAGUAACAAGAACAUCACCAGCAGGGUAGAAAUUGCUAGCAAAUAUUAUUUUGUUACAAAUUUUUUGGCCUUUAUAGUUAUCAAUCCAUUUAAAUGGGUGCUUAUAGUUGUAUGUUUUAGAUUCUUUCUUCUCAUUUGUUAUAGCUGAUCUAGAACAGAAAAUCUUUUGUUGUGCUUGAAUGAGUUUUCUCAUUUUUAUACAGAGGUGGCUCAUUUUAA